GGUGAACUUGAGAGUGGGGCACAGUUUGAUCAGACUUACGCCAAUUUUGAUGUGAUGCAGGCUGCGUUUCUAGCCUUCGUCAAAGACGCUCUCGCAUUUGAGUCGACACUGCCUCAAGACUCAGACGCUGAGGAGGCAGAAGAUUCAUCAUCAGACUCGCAUGAUGGUUCAGACGAGGAGUGGGCAACAACGAGUGGCAGUGAGCAUGGUGGUCGUGAUGUGGAAGAAGAGGACUUGGAUGAUCUCCUGCCAAACAGCGCCCAUCGAAUCAACACUGCGGGCAUGUACCGGAUGACUCCUCAGUCUGAGUCAUCCAUCGAAGACGAUUUUGGCGCCGCCAUAGCAUCAACUGAUGCAUCACUUCCAUGUGCGCAAAUCUUAGGUGACGCAUCAUCUGGUUCUCAGCUCCCGACUCCUCGCACUGAUGACGCAUCAUCUACACAAUAUCCUGAAGUCUUUAUCCCUCCGGCUCCUCGCGCUGAUGAUACACCAUGCAUCCAAUAUCCCCAAGUCUUUAUCCCUCCGGCUUGCAUCCAAUAUCCCCAAGUCUCUAUCCCUCCGGCUCCUCACGCCCAUGAUACAUCAUCUACUCAAUAUCCCGAAGUCGUUAUCCCUCCGGCUCCUCCCGCUGAUGAUGCAUCAUCUGCCCAAUAUUCGCAAGUCGUUAUCCCUCCGGCUCCUCCCACUGAUGAUGCAUCAUCUGCCCAAUAUUCUCAAGUCGUUAUCCCUCCGGCUCCUCCCACUGAUGAUGCAUCAUCUGCCCAAUAUUCUCAAGUCGUAAUCCCUCCGGCUCCUCGUGCCGAUGUUGAAAAUAUGGUAACACCCAAUGAAUCUGAUGGUGCCAGCGCGGCACCAACUUCAUCAGUCCAAGCUGGAUCUCAGCGUCAUCGUGGAAGGCGCACACAACAACGUUCACAACUGACCGUGCCCACUUCCUCGGCAGAUGAAAUCCAACCACUCCCAGAUGGGCAUCGCCGAGUGCGCAAACCCUUCAAUGCAAGAGAACGUGACAACGAUAUUGGCGGGCCAACGAAGCGCGCUCGGCAUACAUAAUCAGUAAAUAGUGUCUUAUCUACAUAUCUUGUUGCGAGCAUCCAUGUCAGUAUUAGUGAUUUAAUUGAAUGUUUCUUGUCGUACAAUGUUCCUGCAUCCAAACACUA